GACUGUGGGAAGAGAUUCACCUCGUCAGGCAUUAAAAUUCAUCAGAGAACACACACAGGAGAUAAAUCUUUUAGCUGUGGUCAAUGUGGGAAGAGUUUUGGUCAAUCUUGCCUUCUGACAAGACACCAGAGAACACACACAGGAGAGAAAUCUCAUGGCUGUGGUCAAUGUGGGAAGAGUUUUGGCCAAUCUUGCCAUCUGACAAGACACCAGAGAACACACACAGGAGAGAAACCUCAUAUCUGUGUUCAAUGUGGGAAGAGUUUUGGUAGAUCUGGAGAGCUGACAGUGCACCAGAGAACACACACAGGAGAGAAAUCGUAUAGCUGUGGUCAAUGUGGGAAGAGUUUUGCUGCAUCUAGCACUCUGACUCAACACCAGAGAACACACACAGGAGAGAAACCUUAUAGAUGUGGGCAAUGUGGGAAGAGUUUUGGUCAAUCUUGCCAUCUGAUGCAACACCAGAGAAUACACACAGGCAAGAAAUCGUAUAGCUGUGAUCAAUGUGGGAAGAGUUUUGGUCGACCUGGAGAGCUGACAGUGCACCAGAGAACUCACACAGGAGAGAAACCUUAUAGCUGUGAUCAAUGUGGAAAGAGAUGUACUACAUCUGGCUCUCUGACUCUACACCAGAGAACUCACACUGGAGAGAAACCUUAUAGCUGUGAUCAAUGUGGGAAGAGUUUUACAACAUCUGGCAAUCUGACUCUACACCAGAGAACACAUACAGGAGAGAAAUCUUAUAGCUGUGGUCAAUGUGGGAAGAGUUUUUUUGGAUCUGGAGAGCUGACAGUGCACCAGAGAAUACACACAGGAGAGAAACCUUAUAGCUGUGAUCAAUGUGGGAAGAGUUUUGGCCGAUCUGGCCAUCUGGUAUCACACCAGAGAACACACACAGGAGAGAGAACUUACAGCUGUGAUCAAUGUGGGAAGAGAUUUGAUCACUCUGGAGAGCUGACAUAUGAAAGGAGUUGCUAG